GAUUUGUGGUUGCAAUUACGAUUUGCAAAUGUGUAAUUUUAAUUUCGCAAGCUUGAUGUGUGAAUAAAUGUAACAACUAUCGCAAACUUGUGACUUGACACUUGAACACGUUUUAUAAAAUUGGCAAGUAUGAUUUAUUUUCAGAAUGAUAAAAAUUCCAUUUAUGACCAUGAAUAUUCUGCUGUGAAUCAAAAACACACUUGCAAUUUUUUAAUCUACGCAUUCUCAGAUUUCUGUCGAUGCGAUCACAAACCCAGAGAUUCGUACAUUUAUAGACAGUGUUUCGCAAGGACAAAAUUGGGGGCAGGACCUUCAACACCUGACCAAUCAGUUCCCUCUGUCAAAACCAAUAUCAUUGGCUGUCUUGUUCCAUCAACCAAACCGCAUGCAACAACAAGAGCUGACCAAGAAGACCUGAUGGAGGAACAUGGCAGGCGCGCGACCGUAGGUGAGGUCUGGAAAGUUUGCUUUCACAGUUUGUAUGAAGUGAUGUUAUCACCUUCGUAUACGAUCGUGUGUGUAACCUUAGCACUAUAUAAUGUUCAUCCCUAUAGAUAGAUACAUCCCCAAAGUUCAUCCAUUGGCUAGUCAGCUCCCGUUAGCUAACUAGCUAGUUAUUUGUCAAUAACAAGUUAGAUUAUCUGUAGCCAGAUCCUACCCCACUACAGUGGUAAUUUACAUCAGCUAAAUUGUGGAUUUAGCUAGUUAGCUAUAUGUUUUCAAAAUGUCACGUAUGAAUAAAAGAUGGCUAAUUGGUGAGUCUGAUUUGUCAUCCCUAGAUGAUACCAGAUCUAGCUAAUCUUCAUGUUUGUAUGCAGUAACUUUUACAGGAGAAUUAUGCAAACAUAGUGUUGCCCACAGUCUUCUAUCUAUCUCUCAUUCUAGAGCAUAGAACCCUGAGUUAAAUGUCAUUGUUCAUCAUUUUUAUUACAUUACAUGUGUUCAUGUUGUCUCUUUUACCUAUGAUCACAGCGUUGUUUGAAACACAGCAUAUCUAAUAGUAAAAGUUCUGGUCUAAUUAACUAAUCACCAAUAAUUCCUAUUAGCUGAGAGAUUUUUACAAACUUACAGCAAUUACAUUUUUUUUUAAACCAACCCCUUCCCCUUUCAGGACUGCUCUCCAAUAUGUGGAAAAUAAUUCUGAAGAGAUUUCAUACAACAUGAAUGUUUCUGUGGCGAAAGAUUGUCCACAGAUGUGUCAACAUCCUUGAAGGGGGUGCUGUGGAAGGGGGUGCCAAGGAGGGGAGUGCCUCUGAAGAGUGUGUAGCUGGGCCAUCACACAAAGCACCAGAGCCUGAAUGGAAGACAGUAGGUCAUCCUUCGAGGGCAGCUGUGCACUUCAGGAUGAUGUUACUCCAGGAGCAAGAAAAAUCUCUCAGUUUCACCAUGGACAUUUGUGGCAGUGUUUGGGACAGAGAAAAGUUGAUCAUCUGCUUUUACAAGUCCCACAAAGUCGAUUGCGCCCGCCCCCAUUCGCUGCGUAUUAGACGGGGAUGCUGCCGUCGGAGACGGGGUCAAUCAAGACUUCAUACGUUUCGCUGUGCAUACGUUGCAAACAGGCUUCCACGUGAACUAUGGUAUGUUGAUCAAUUAUAUUAUUUUAGGCUAUAGUUCUCUUGAAAGGACAAAUCCGCACACUGCUAGUUUUCUUUUUACAACAUUUUACGUGUCUGCCUCUGGGACAAGCUCUGGUGAAGGCCAAUAGGCCGUCACAUAAGCUUUAAUAAAGUGAUACUAGCAAGAUCAUUGUGUGGGUUUCUCAUGUCUUUCCAGAUCUCAUUGUUAUCUGCAACAGGAUUGCUCAGGUGUGUGUGUGCCUUUUUGAAUUUUGAGCCUAUAGUUUUCUCACAUGGUGACACUGAGCUUUAAACCGAUCAUUCAUGUAAUAAUAAACACUGCAUUGAUCAUUUGAAAAUAGUGUGUUCCUGAGUGCAGGUACAUCAGCAUUUCUGGAGAUAUGUGACCAACACAUCUGAUUAUGUUGAGUAACAGAAAACGAUUGAGCUUCUAUGUAUUACAAUAAAGAUGUAGUGAUAUCAGCAGACUGGAUGUAUUUGUUCUACAAAUUGAAGUGAAAAAUAAGUCACUUUUGACAUGUUUAUUUUCUGAAGCUGGGGGAGUAUGCAGAGCUGUCUGAUGACCAAAAGGCUGUAAUCGGGUGUUUGGCUGACAUGUGGGACCUCCCUGAGGUCACAGCCGAGAACAGCAAAUGGCUAUUCUACCGUCUACUACAGCAUGCCGUACUGGGAAGAACCAUUAGACAAAUAAAACAGUUGCGAUGUGGUUCCACUCAUGUUCCCCCGCGUGGCAGACGUUGUGUGCAGCCCUGAGGUGAGAAGGAGAGACAUGGUGAGAUGGAAUAUACUAGUGAGUGUCAUCCACCCUGGCAAACUACUAGGGCAUUGCCUCAGCAUCUGAGAAGAGUAUGAGCCGGAGGAAUCCCAACAAGGUGGCAGGGGACUGUGACAGCUUCCAGAUGGAGAGCAAGGCCCCGGAGCAGGCACCCAACAUGGAGCAGAAGAAUGGCGAGAUCAUGGACUCUGAGGAGGUGGAGAAUGGCAAAUCUGAACCCAUAAACCCUCUGGCUAUGGAUGGGGCCGUCACUGCACCUGAUGGGGGUUGGGRCUGGGUGGUGCUGGUGGCCACCAUCCUGGUGCUAGCCUUGACUCUGGCCUUCCCCUCCUGCAUGGGCAUCUUCUACACGGACCUACAAACAGAGUUCCAGGCCAGCAACCAAGAGACCUCCUGGGUGCCUUCUAUAAUGACAUCAGUGCUUCAUGCUGGAGGUCCAUUCUGCAGUGUAUUGGUGGAGAGGUUUGGUUGCCGGGCGACGGUGAUGCUGGGCGGGGUCCUGAGUGGGCUUGGAAUGGUGGCCAGCUCGUUCACCCACACCAUCACUGAGCUCUACGUCACAGCUGGGAUUAUCACAGGACUUGGAUUCUGCUUCAGCUUCCAGCCUGCGGUGACUAUCCUCGGGCACUAUUUUGUACGGCGGCGGGCUUUUGCCAACGCCAUGUCAUCCACGGGCACGGCUCUGGGCCUGUGCACUCUGCCCCUCCUAGGCAACUACCUCCACACUGAGCUGGGAUGGCGUGGGAGCUUCCUGGUGCUGGGGGCUGUCUUGCUCAACUGCUGCGUAUGCGGAGCUGUGAUGAGGCCCCUGGGGGGCCCCAGACACCGUGGCCAGCCCCUGAUAAACCACAGGUCUCUUCAGCAGAAGGAGGAGAAGCUAAAGGGGAGAAUGAGGGCCUUGUGGGCCGGUCUGAUGACUGCCCUGCGUCGUCACAUGGCCUUUGACCUCUUACGUAACAACCUACGCUACCGUAUGUACGUUGUGGGCAUCACCUGGAUGAUGCUAGGCUUCGUGGUGCCGCUGAUCUACUUGGUUCCCUACGCCACGGCCCACGACAUGGAGCAGAGCCAGGCCGCCCUCCUCCUCUCCAUCCUGGGUAUCGUUAACAUCGUGGUGCGGCCUCCCGUCGGCCUGCUCUUCAGCCUGCCCCGGUUCAAGGGGUGGCACACCUAUGUGUUCUCUGCUGCUCUGCUGUUGAAUGGGCUGAGUAAUAGUAUCUGCUGCAUCGAUGCCAGCUUCCCCGUGCUGCUGGCGUACGUGGUGACCUACGGCCUGUCCAUGAGCGUGGUGGGCUCGCUGAUGUUCACCGUCCUCAUGGAUACGUUGGACAUGAGUCGCUUCCCCGCUGCCCUGGGCCUGCUCGCCAUCAUGGAGAGUGUCACGCUGCUGAUCGGGCCCCCGCUCGCAGGAAUCCUGGUGGACAGAACGGGGGAGUAUUUCUACGUCUUCUUCGCCUGCAGUGCCACUGUUGCCUCAUCGGCUGUAUUCCUCAUGGUGUCUUUCUACUGGCUGGACAGAAGGGACAGGAGGGCGCUAAAGGAGCAGCAGGUGCCACCUCAGGUCCCUCCACCAAAGCCGGCCAGUGGUAACAAUUUGAUCCCCCAGUGCCAGUACCGCAGUGUGCCCACAGAGGGGGACAAAGACAAGGCCUCAGACUCCGAGACAGGGGACGUCACCCGCCUGUGAACAUCGUCACUGUCCAAACACACAAACCAAACUCACAGAUGUGUACUUCCCGCGAUUCUGUAUAUCGAUUGUGUAUCCUGUGUUGCUGAUAUUAAAGUAGAAGUGUAUGAUAAUUUAUUUCCCAAUCUGUUAGGAUCUGACAUUCCAUUUAAGCAUAGUAUACACACUCUUGACUGUUAGAGUAUUGAUUGCAAAGGGGUUGAAUAUUUCAUCCAAUGGGUGAAUAUUACAUAUAGUAUAGGAGUGGAUUAUUCGUUGCUAUUACAGUCUGCACUGUUUAUGCAGACUAGAAAAUACUGUUACUGGUGAUUGAAUGCAGUACUUUUUCACACAUGCCAUAAACCUUAAAUCUGUGCCUUUUCCCUCACACCCUGUUACACGUUCAAGAAGACAUGCCACCUUAAGAAUCACUCACCACACUUCAAAAAGCAAUGACUG